CUUCAACGAAACAUUUCGUUUACAGAUCAUCGAAUCUUAUCAACGAUGGCCAACAGCAGUAGCGGUCAAGACCCCCAUGUUCUCUACUCCGUGGAGUUCUUUCACCUGAAAGGAAAAGUGUACCAAAGCGAGCCAGUUGCCACUUUGGGAUUUACUACUUCGAAGGCUAUUAGGCAAUUAUGCGUCGACGAAUGGGGAUGGAAAUGCGGAGGUUGUGAGGAAUACAAGACCUACAAGGAGCUUGCAGAAAGAAAGCAUCGACUGAGCCAGGAAGACGGAAAUGGCUCCAAGCGAAUGUGCAAAUGGAUUGAUCCACUCGAUGACAAUAAACCCAACGAGACGGGUCGCAAUCCAAACGCUGUGGUACAACUAGGCUUGUGGGAGAAUCUGGUAAAAACGAUACGCCCGUGCUUUCGUGAGAAUCGCAUAGAUGAGCUCCUUGAAAAAAUAAGGAAGGAUCAGGAGGAGAUCCAGGAGAAGGUCAUGAAGGAAGGUUCUCCCACUUCCCAAGCUCGUGGAUGCUAA